GAUCAUGGUCGUGCUUUGACCUGUUCGGAGGGGCUCUUUGUUUGCGGAAGGCGUGGUCAAUGAUCGAAUCGGCCGCGAUGGAAAUGUGGGGUGUGAAGGCAGGUUUGAAAUUCAGCUUCAAUGUUGAAAAGAACAAGGCCUGCACAGCCUUGACCACAAAAGAGUAUCCACAGAGCUGCCACUUCUCUGACAUCUUGGAGCUA